UGACGCUUUUACAAACAAAUAUCAGUUCUUGUCGUGUGAUAAUAUUUGACAUUUUUCCCAGUGAUAGACAUGUUAAAUAUCAAUUUAUUAAGUAAAAAUUGAAAAUAAUUAUUUGUUACAUGAAAAAAGAUUAUUGUAUUUCGUUCAAUGUACAUGAAAGUUGAGUGUAAACAAAACGGUGAGAAUUUUUUUUUUUUUUUUCUUUUUCGCGUGGGGAUCGCGUAUUCAAACUUCUAUAAUAACGGUCAAAAAAUAACGACAGUUGUGUGUUGAAUUGAAAAAGUGAAACGAGGGUGCGGUUAAUUUUCUCUAAAUUGCGCGUCUUUAAAAACAAGAGUUUUUGUCGUGAUUUAAUAAUAAAUUGAAAUUAUCAGGAGUGUAUUUCUAAAUUCCCUUUGUGUGUUUAAUAAUAAAACAAAGAGAGAGAGAGAGAAAGUUGCAAGAAUCCUGAGCGAUAAAAAAAGAAGCAGGGAUUAACUGAAAGAAUGGACCCUUUCACUCAGCGUAUGUUAGAAAGAGCAAAGGCAAGAAGAGAAAAAUUAGAUACACAAUUAUCAAAUGCCGGACAUGAUGUCAAACGAAGGCGAAGUCCUCUCAAGGACGCCAACGCAAUUUUGGCCAAAGUUCCAGCAAUAACUCAAAAAAUAUCCUCAAAAUCACCGAAAAAAGUGGCAAGCUCAAGUCCAAGUUCAAAGAGUUCGUCACCAUCUGUUUCACCAUUGAAAACAUCGAGAAAAUCACAAUUGAAAACCCCUGUUGAGACGAAGGAAAAUGGUGAAAUAUUACCCCCAACCAGUGUUAAGUCGAAAUUGCAAAGGCUCGGCAAAUUGUAUUCUGAUGAGAGAGAAUUGAGUUCACCAAUUCACAGAACUGAGGAAACAUUCACAGCCGAUGAUGAUAGUGUGGAAUUCAAAUCGGCAAAGAGUGGAGCACGUUUAAAUAGAUUAGCUGCACUUGCAUCAACAAUUAAUAAUUGGGAGGACGAUUUAUCACAUCCAACAUUGAUAAAACCAACAGUAUCGAAGGCGGAGAAAAUUCAGGCUAAAUUGAAUGAGCAAGUCAAAAAUGCAGAACCACAACCGGGAACAAGUGGAAUACAAAAGAACACAACACGACAAUUAAAAUGGGAUAAAGUCGUUUUAGAUUCAUUGGAGGCACAGGGUUUUAGUCGCACUAAAAGAGGUUCGCGACUCGUGUAUGACUAUAAGGAUUGUUCUCAGGGAUCGAAAAAUACGGCCAGAAAACGUGAGGCAGUCUUACCGGAAGUUAUUGGGACAAUGGAGAAAAAGGCGGAGGUUCGUGGUUCAAACAACAACAACAACAAGAAUAAUUCAAAAAUGAGCGACAGUUCAAAAAUCAGUACCACAAGUUCGAUAGCAAGUAGUAUUGGCAGUCCACCAGGUUCAUUGAGAUUCAAUGAAAAAAUUGCAAAAACACCGGAGAAAAAAACAACAACCAUCAAUUCAAAUAAUGUUGGUAACAACAACAAUUCACGUGGAAUUUCAAAAUAUACAUUCAAUGGAUCACCUAAGAGCAAUUCUUCUUCCAUUAAACAGUCACCAGGUUCUGUACUCAGUAAAGCGUCAAUGUUCGAGUCAAAAACAAAUAGUAAUUUCAUCAAAGUCAAAGAUCCCGCUGAGAUGUCAUUGUCCGAGAGGAAGGCACUUUUUGAACGUAAUAAAGGCGAGGCACUAAUUCCAAAGGCACCACUCACAAUGUCAGUGCCGACGAAAAAAUUAAUGGAAAAAGAAAAAUUAAUUGAUUCGCGUCCAAAGCCAGAUGCGAGUGUGAAAACAGUUUCCAAUCAAUGCAAUGUUUAUGAGCAAGGUAUAACACAGGAAUUGGAAAAUAAUAUUCUUCAAAGUAUACAAAGUGAACGACAAAAGGAAUUGCAAAUGUUGAGAACACGAUUUACAAAAAAUAAAGAUGUGGCAACAGUUGCUGUUGGUUGUGCUUUAAGAACAAGCGAAAGUAGCGAGGGAAAAUCAAAUUCACCGAAGAAUUCUCCAAUUUGCCCUGUGAAACCAACACCGGCUCCACAAGAUCAUGUUCCUCCACCGCCGCCUUUACCGCAGAAUUCCGGACGACGUUCAUCACCAUUGAAAAAUUCUCCAUUUAAACGACAAGUGGUAAGAGGUUUGGCACAAACGCAUGAACCACGAAUUGUUGACGAUAUUAAACGUGUUAAAGUUUGUGUACCAAAACCGGGUAAUUUGUAUCCGGAUCUCACGGGUAUUGAGGAAAGUACAACUGAUUCGGAAACGGAAUUCACCGUUGGUAGUACGGAACCAGAAACUGCUACUCUUGAAGAGCAAACGGAAACCGAAGCUGAUUAUUAUGUAGAGGAUGAAUCGGAAGACGAUAGUGAUGACGAUGAGGAAAGUGAAGAUAUUUAUAAUACAAGUUUGGGAAGAAGUAUUUUAGAUGUUGUUAAUCAACAGUCUGCUUUGAAUAAUAAGAGAACAAUUUAUAAUGAAAUGGACAGUUCCACUUCUGAUAUUUCCGUUCUAGAAGAAAUGGACGAAUAUUUAGAUGAGUGUCUUGCCCUUCAGGGCAAUCAGGAAGGACCAACACCACCGAAAUUAAAUCGCGGGGGUAAAAGUCCUUCCGCCACUUCAACGAGUUUUAAAUACUCUCAAGGACAUGCAUAUCGUUCACCGAUAAAAAUAAAUUCACCUUCGUCGGCAAGACAAAAAAAUGAGCCCUACAUUGUUGAAGGUGAAAAUUGUGUUCCACUAAUGCACAGUGUAAGCUUUUAUCGUCGUCAACAAUCACAAACACCUAAGACUCCAGUUCGUUUAAUUUCCCGUGUGCCAGAUAAAAAUGAUGAAUCCCCUGGAAGUCCGCCCGUCGACGAUAAACAAGAGGCAAUUCUUGUUCAGGAAAAAGUGAAACGUCUCUUGGAGGAGGUUUGUAAACAACAGACAACCAUUGGCCAAGCUAGUCAAGCAUUGAAUUUGUGUAAUUCAACUGUUGAAUUUAGUGGUUCAAGGGAACAGGUCGAAGGCGAGAGACUUCUUCUUUUAGCGACACAUCGAAGACAGGCGGCACUCCAUGAGAUUCAGCGAUUGAAAGUCGAGGGUACCUUGAGACCAGUUGUUCCAGGAGCACCAGAAGUUCAAGAAAAUGGUUCGCUCACUGUCUCUGCAAUUACUUUGCCAAUUAAGCGAGAGAACAUUCGCAGUUUAGAUUCCGUAGACACGCGUCUUCACUUUUUGUGUCUUGUACGCCACAUGGAAAACAUUGUUUCAACGCCUGUUAUUCAAGUUGAACAAGGGGAUUCUUGCAUUCGUUUUCCCUCGACACUGAAAAUUGAGGAUCUUUAUAGUGAUUUUAAAAUUACCAUUGAAGUUUAUUCACUUCAAACUCGAGCCGAAGUUUUACCACAUGAAAUUAAAUAUCAUAUUCACAAUAAUUCCUCAUCAUCUGGAUCUAAAAAGUCUGGAGGUAAAACGCCCAAGAAAUUUUUAAAACAUGAAAGUAAAUUAAUAAUGCCCACGGUACAAAGUCCAGCUGGUCCAUCGGCUGUUCGUUCGCCUGCAUUUUCUCUCGCUGGUUAUGUUGUUUUCAGUCUUCGUGAAGUUCAUCGACAACAAUUCACUCUCAAUAAAGUACCAUCGAAUUCGCCAUUAGAUGGUAAACUACAAAUGCACGUCUCAUGUGAAUUAUCAGUUGCAAUAGAACAUCGUGGCUUUUUAACAAUGUUUGAAGAUGUUUCUGGAUUUGGUGCUUGGCAUCGUCGUUGGUGUUUAUUGAAAGGCGAUACAAUAUCGUAUUGGAAAUAUCCCGAUGAUGAGCGAAAAAAAACGCCAAUCGGUAGUCUUGAUUUACAGGGGAUUGUCACAACAAAUGUUGGUUUAGUAUCGAGGGAUAUUUGCGCACGACCAAAUACAUUUUUACUUGAAACAAUGAGACAUGCACAAUUGGACGAUGUCGAUAGUCUCAUUAUGAUACGAAAUGGAGCGAACACCACUGUCAGACAUCUUCUGUCAGCCGACACAAAGGAAGAUAGACUCGAGUGGUGCGCCAAAUUAAAUAAAACAAUUCAUUUAAUUCGCGCCUGGGGCGGAACUUCAGCUCUGUCUUGAAUCUCAUCAAUUUGUCUUUUUUUUUAUUUUUUUUUUAGUAAGAAACGAUUAGUAUUCAUCGAUUUUAAAAAUCUGAUCUAAAAAUUAAGUGGCUUUGAGGUAAAAUUAAAUUUUCUACCUCUGUGCAUUAUAAUUAAUCAUUACUUUAUCCAUUAGAUAGCAAACCAAAUCUAAAAAUCAUUUUCCUCAUUAUCUUCUUUUUGGUGUGUUUAAUUUAAAAAAAAAAGAUGGACGAAUUAUUUAAUAAUUCUUACUAUAAAUUGUGAAUUUAAUUCAUAUAUUUGAUAUUUUCCGAUUAAUAAUCGAUUCUAAAAUAUUAAAAAUUCAUUAUGUAAUAAUUAUAUAAUUAUAUUAAUAUAUUGAUAUAUACGUAUACCUAUAUAUAGAAUAUAUUUAGUAUAAUAUAUUAAUUAUUACAUAAUGUUUGCAUUUAAAAAAUUAAAAAUAAUGAGGAUAAAGGAUUGAAGGAGGUAAAUUAAUCUUAUUCUUUUUUUGAGUAAAGAAUUAAUGCGAAGAAUAUUUUUUUUUUGAUGAAUUUUUGUGGUAGUGACAAUUGAUUGUAUAUAGUAUAUAAAGGUUUAUGAUCUUUACAUUUAUAUUGUGUACUAAUAUAUAUAUAUAUAUUAUAUAUAUAGAAACUUAUAUGUAUAUUUUGUGUGUUAAGAGUUAUCGUGCCAGGCGAAUUUCUUUUUGCAAUCUCACAACUCGUUUUUUUGUCUUUAACGAGUUUAGAUCUAAGUUUGUAAAACUUUUUUUUAAAAAUAAAAACUUAGUGGAAUUUAUAGAAAAAUAAUUGUUUUAGCUUCCAUUUCUCUUUCGAUUUUUAAAAAAUCGAUUCAGUUUUCAAAAAGAUCGACUAUAAAAAAUGAAAGAAAUAUUAAACAUUUUUUUCUCAAGUGAAAUUUAUUAUUUCGGGUACAUGGAAAAUUUGUCCUUGCAGAGUUUUUUUUUUUAAUUAUUAUUAUAUAAAAAGCAAGCUAUAUGAAAGAUGAAAAUUUCUAAAUUCUCGGUAAUUUUUCAUUUUCAUUUCGGCGAAAAAUUUUCACUUUACCCGAAGAAAAUAAAAUUCUACAAUGAAUUUAUAUAUAAAUAGAAAAAGUAGAUAUUAAACAUUCCAGACGACUGGAUCAGACUUUGCGGAGAUCCUUUAGAUGAUUAUCUUUUUUUUUAAACGAGAACCGCUGCUAAAAUUAUCUCAUGUCAUUAUUUGUCAGAAUUGAAAAAUUUUUCCUGGAAAUUUUUUUUUCAAAUUCUGGAAAAUAGAAGAUGAGGGAAUUUUCGUUUUUUUUUUUUUUCUUGCUCUUAAGCAACGGAAA